AGUGAGCGGCAGCAGAGCUGGGGUAUAAAAAUUGUUUCAAACGGCACUCCCUGGCUCUGUUCCACACCUCAGAAAUAAUAAGUCUCAUCUCAUUUUAGCCACGAAGACAAGCAAAAGCAAGCUGACUGUGUCUUUAGCAUUUGCUGUGUCUUCAGCAAAUCUAAAGUGCUCUCUCAGAGAGGCAGGACUGAGCACUCUCUUAUUAACUGACAUUACCAAGGAAAUACACUUGCUUUCUUCUUUUGGCUGCAAUUUUUGCGCCACAGUUGCGACAGCAUCUUGAUGGGGAAGCUGAUCUCCAAAGGCCGGCGCAAAAGAGAUGCUCGAGUUGUCAUGCUGGGGCUCGACUUGGCUGGCAAAUCCACCCUUCUGUACAAACUCAAGAGCGGCCAGGCUGUGGAGACCUGCCCGACGGUGGGCUUCAACGUGGAGUCUCUGCAGACACCCUGUGGUGUAUCCUUCACCCUCUGGGACAUUGGCGGACAAGGCAGCCUGCGGGCAAGCUGGCCUGACUACCUGGAGGACACCAACACCCUCAUCUUCGUGCUCGACAGCACAGACACAGCGCGGCUGCCCGAGGCGGCGGCAGCACUGGAGGAUGCCCUGAGCCACCCCAGCAUGGCUGGCAUCCCCGUCCUCCUCCUGGCCAACAAGCAGGAGGUGCCGGGAGCGCUGGCGCCAGCCGAGCUGGGGGAGAAGCUGCGGUGGGGACAGCUGGCCAGGCGCCGCUGGGUGCUCCGGGGGUGCAGCGCCCACACUGGGCAGGGCCUGCAGGAAGUCCUGGCCAUCCUGGGAUUGCUGCUGCGGGGUCUGGAGCAGAGCUUUCCAUCCCAAGAGCAGCCCUUGACAGGGCUGGUGGGGAGCAGGGAAGCCCCAGAGCAAACCUGAACCUCAAGUGGACCCUUCCCAGUCGUUGCUGCCAGCAAGUUUGUUGUGGAGGAUCCUAGCCUCUGGGUACCCCCUAACCUCAGCAGAUCUGCAGCUGGCCCGCACCAUGGAACACGCAGCCACUCACCACUGAAACCCACCAAGACGACCUCCAAGCAAAACUCCCAUAGUGGAGCAUUCUUGGCCCCGUCUCUUGGACUCUCACCACCGGCUGCAGUUUGUCUGCUUUUGCCAGGCUCUGUUCAUUCAUUGUGUGCGUGUCCAGUGCUUCAGCAGGAUGCUUUUUGUCAGAUCGAUAUAAACUAUAACAGAGAUGUGCACAACAGACAGAAGAGGUUUUCUUCUUUCUGUGGCUCCCAGCCCGGAUGCAGCUAUCCUGAUGGGGUGGUCCCCAAAGGGGGGUGUUUGAAUGUGUCCCAUGCUGCUUCUCUCUCAGCUUGAAUCCUGCAUUCAUCAGCUGGAAAAGCAAACAGCCUCUAAAAGGAAUGGCUAAAUGGGAGCAGCAGAAGCACAGGACUUGAAAUAUCUAACAGCUAAUUGGUUUUAGUGCAGCAUCUACAGGUAUAAACUUCAAGCCAUGGAAGCAAGUAAGGAUUCAACGGUGUAAUGCCGUUUGAGGAUGUGUAUAUAUUAAUUUCUGCAUUUCUUGUUUUGGGUCUUUCUUUUCCACUUGUUAUUUUUAUCCAAUACUGAUUUAAUGGAAAUGGUACCUCAUUUUCCUUGUAUUUUAUUUAAAUAUAAAGAUAUCAAACCUGACUUGUAGAUGGUUGGAAACACAUCUGCGUGGCCAGUCAACCUCUAAAUAUCCUCAUGAUGGCCUGAACAGCCAAGAUGAAAUUCCAUCUCUCAGACUUUUUGAAACUGGACAAGACCAUUCUACAUGCAAUGCUUGAUAACCAUUGGCACUUAUAGGCACAGGCAGGUUGGUAACCAAGGGGCUCUCCACACUUAGCUGCAUCAGGGCAGCUGAAAUGCCCCUGGCAGCUCACGACAGGGUUGGGUGGGUCCCUUAUUGCAGUGAUGGUCUUUGAUCUUGCUCAAUCUACCGUUGGAAAGACCAGUAAAAUAUGUGCCCGAGGGCUCCCUGUACCCAAAAUGCUGUUUUUCAGGGUUAAAAUUAAGAAAUGUCAUAGUAUUCCCUACUUCGUUAUGAUAUGAAUGAAAGUGGUGGGGGAAGAGGGGAGAAAGGACACAUUUUCAGGCAGCAGAAGUCAGCUGUUUUCAAGGAAGAACAUAUUCAACCUAGAAACACCAAGGAGAAACACAUGACAACUUCUGUUCAUACCACAGCAUUUUACAGUUGUUAAGGAAUUAAUCACCCAGCUGUUACUGGUGCUGUUAUUAGCCUCAUUUCAUAGAAGGCAGCAGCUGGAAUAGAGAGC